CGGCCCGAGGGGCGUGGAGCCGGCGACGCUCUCCUAUGAGUCGGCGGGGAAGCGGUGGUUGCAUCAGUUGCCAGAGGAGCCAGCAUGAAGCUGCACCUGAGCGAGGGCAGCCCCGCCGGGCUGAAGGGGUUGGCCGCCGCCAAAGCCACCGGGGUCCCGGUGGAGCUCCAGUGGGUCUCCCACGAGGCUCAUGUGGUCCCAUUCCUCACCCACCCACAGUCGCUUGUUCUUCAGUUGGAAGAUGGGACUUUCCUAUUCUCCACAAAUACAAUUUGCCAGUAUUUUUUCCGCUUAUCUGGAAAAGAAAUUAGUGACUUUGGCCAGGAACAAAGUGAUUUUAUCAAUCAGUUGUUUGAGUGGGAAGCAACUGAGCUGGAGCCUGCUUUGUCUGCAGCCUUGUAUCUUCUUCUGGUGCAAGAAAAGAAGGGAGAAGAGAUUCUUGGGAUCAUCAAAAAGCCAUUGAACUACAUUGAGCAGACCCUUACCAAAAAGAGCACUCCGUACCUCACUGGGGAGACCGAGUCAGCUGCUGAUAUUGUCCUGUGGGGAUCCCUCUUCCCCCUAUUAAAGGAUGAAUCCUUCUUGCCAGAUGAGUUACAAGCCCUGAGGAAAUGGUUCCAGACCAUGAGCUUGAAGGAAUACUGCAAGAAGGCAGUUGAAGCUAUAUGGACACCCAAAGGAUUGCUGGCACUUAAAGUGUAUCUGCAGAAACGUCCUGCUCCUAACCUGACUUUUGAGAAGCCAGCUACCAAUGAGCCAAAGGAAGAAGAAUCAGCUCAGCGCCACCUGUCUGAAGAAGAGAUUGCAGUCAUUGCAGAAGUUUGGAGCAGAGGGUCAGCUAGCUUACCCAAACCUUGGAAGCCACAGCAUCCUAUUUUGCCCAGGGAAGGUAUGAAGAAUGUUCUGAUAACUAGUGCGUUGCCCUACGUCAAUAAUGUGCCACAUCUUGGGAACAUCAUUGGCUGUGUCCUCAGUGCUGAUACCUUUGCCAGGUACUGCCGCCUGCGCAACUGGAACACAUUGUACUUGUGUGGUACAGAUGAGUACGGCACCGCUACAGAGACAAAAGCUAUGGAGGAAGGACUGACACCACAACAGAUCUGUGAUAAGUACUACACUGUCCAUGACCAGAUUUACAAGUGGUUCAAUAUAUCUUUUGACUUCUUUGGCCGUACCACCACAACCCAACAGACGACCAUUGCCCAGGACAUCUUCCAUUGCCUUCUGGAGCGCAACUACUUGCUGACUGAGACAGUAGAUCAGUUGAAAUGUGAGAAAUGUGAGCGUUUCCUGGCUGAUCGCUUUGUGGAAGGCACCUGCCCCUUCUGCAAUUAUGAAGAGGCCCGUGGGGACCAGUGUGACAAAUGUGGCAAACUGAUCAAUGCUACUGAACUCAAGAAACCUGUGUGUAAAGUCUGUCAAGGGACUCCUGUGGUGAGAUCUUCCCAGCACCUCUUCCUGGACUUGCCCAAGCUGGAAGAGAGCCUGGAGAAGUGGCUGGCCCUGUCCCAGUCUACUGGGGACUGGACCCCCAAUGCAAGAUACAUCACCCGCUCUUGGAUCCGUGAUGGCCUCAAGCCCCGCUGCAUCACCCGUGAUCUGAAGUGGGGCACACCAGUGCCCUUGGAUGGUUUCCGUGAUAAGGUUUUCUAUGUCUGGUUUGAUGCACCCAUUGGCUACCUGUCUAUUGCAGCCAAUUACACUGACCAAUGGGAGAAAUGGUGGAAGAAUCCAGAGCAGGUUCAGCUUUAUAACUUCAUGGCAAAAGACAACGUUCCCUUCCACAGUGUUGUGUUUCCCUGCACAUUGUUGGGUACUGGUGACAAAUACACUCUGGUCAAUCAUCUUAUUGCAACAGAAUAUCUGAACUACGAAGAUGGCAAAUUCUCCAAAAGCCGUGGGGUGGGCGUUUUUGGAGACAUGGCCAAGGACACUGGGAUUCCAUCAGACAUUUGGCGCUUCUACUUGCUCUACCUGCGCCCAGAGAGCCAGGACAGCGCCUUCUCCUGGACUGAUCUCAUGACCAAAAACAACUCAGAAUUGCUCAACACGCUGGGAAAUUUUAUCAACAGAGCCGGGUCCUUUGUGUGCAAAUUCUUUGGGGGUCACGUUCCCGCCAUGGAGCUAAACCAGGAUGACAAGCGGUUGCUGGCUCACAUCACCCUGGAGCUGCGUCAGUACAACCACUUGUUGGAGAAGGUCAAGAUCCGUGAGGCACUGCGCAGCAUCCUGAAUAUGGCUCGCCAUGGCAACCAUUACCUCCAGGUCAACGAGCCUUGGAAACACAUCAAGGGCAGCGAGGCAGACAAGAAGCGGGCAGGCACUGUGAUCGGGGUGGCAGUCAAUAUUGCCUCCCUGCUGUCUGUCGUCUUGCAACCCUACAUGCCUAACGUGAGUGCGACUAUCCAACAACAGUUGUGCAUUCCUGCCCACUGCAACGUUGUGAGCAAUGAUUUUGUCUGCACUUUGCCCGCCGGACAUCAGAUCGGCACGGUAACCCCCCUGUUCCAGAAACUGGAAGCAGAACAGAUUGAAAACCUGCGGAAGCGCUUUGGUGGUGGCCAGCUUGAAGACUUCCCACUGAAGCCCAAGCAAAAAGCAGCUGCAAAUGGUGACUCAACACUGGGAUCAAAAGAACUUCAGGACGAAGUAGCCAAACAGGAUAAUUACGUGCAGCAGUUGAAAGCCCAGAAGGCUGAGAAGCAGCAGAUAGACGCAGCAGUUUCAAAGCUGGGGGAACUCCAGAAACAGCUCAGCUUGGCUGGGGGCAAGGAGAAAAAGAAAAAGUGACAGCUUCUCUACCAUAGACUUAGGCCUGUCUGGUUUUGUGGCAAUGCUUGCCCUGUCCUGCAGAGAUUGGGGAAGUUCACAUUCUCCUAUUUUGCUCUACUCUACUGUUUUGAUGUAAUCCAAUUUAAUCAGAUUUAUUUUCUAAUUAUGAAUAAUACAGAUCUUUAACAGUUACAUUAAA